AUGGGAAAGAAGGGCCAGGCUACAGUGGACCUGAACUCUCCCUCGGAGGCCAAGCUGGCGACCCCCUUCGAAGAUGGGGACCAAUACACAUCAAACGCUGGGGAGGAGAAGGGGAAGGAAGUUCCCGAACGAGGCUCCUGGAAAGGGAAGUUUGACUUUCUACUGUCCUGCAUAGGAUACGCCAUCGGCCUGGGGAACGUCUGGAGGUUUCCCUAUCUCUGUGGGAAGAACGGAGGCGGGGCAUUCUUGAUCCCUUACUUCACCACCCUUGUGUUCGCUGGGAUACCUCUGUUCUUGCUGGAGACUGCCCUGGGCCAAUACACCUCUGUAGGGGGACUAGGCGUUUGGAAGCUCCUGCCAAUGAUGAAAGGUGUAGGUCUGGCUUCUGUGGUGCUGUCCUUCUGGCUCAACAUCUAUUACAUCAUCAUCAUCGCCUGGGCUCUCUACUACCUCUUCAAUUCCUUUAGAUCAGAGCUCCCGUGGCAGAGCUGCGAUAACCCCUGGAACACCGAAAAAUGUUUCUCAAACUACAGUCUGACUGACACCACCAAUCUAACCAGCGCUGUCACUGAAUUUUGGGAGAGGAACAUGCACCAGUUGACUAAUGGGCUGGAGGAGCCGGGGGAGGUGCGCUGGCCUCUGGCGGGGACCUUGUUUCUUGCCUGGGUUCUGGUCUACUUUUCCAUAUGGAAGGGAGUGGAAUGGACUGGGAAGGUGGUGUACUUCUCUGCUACCUAUCCAUAUUUCAUGCUGUUUAUACUUUUCUUUCGGGGCGUUACACUCCCUGGAGCCAAAGAGGGAGUGCUUUUCUACAUCACGCCUGAUUUCAAUAAGCUCAUGAAAUCUGAGGUUUGGCUGGAUGCUGCCACACAGAUCUUCUUUUCUUAUGGGUUGGGACUUGGCUCUCUUAUUGCUCUUGGAAGCUACAACUCCUUCAAUAACAAUGUGUACAGGGAUGCUAUUAUUGUAUGUUGCAUAAACUCAUUCACAAGCAUGUUUGCUGGUAUUGUGAUAUUCUCCAUUGUGGGUUUCAUGUCUCAUAUCACAAAGAAGCCAAUCCAAGAACUAGCAGCUUCCGGCCCAGGCUUGGCGUUUCUGGCCUACCCUCAGGCAGUGACACAGCUACCCAUGUCGUCUCUAUGGGCCAUCCUCUUCUUCUCUAUGCUGAUGAUGCUGGGCCUGGAUAGCCAGUUUUGUACAGUUGAGGGAUUUAUUACCGCACUGAUGGAUGAAUACCCAAUGGUCCUGAGAAAGAGGAAAAAACUCUUCAUCCUUGGUGUCUGUAUUUUUUCGUACAUCAUUGGCUUCUCCAACAUCACACAGGGAGGCCUUUAUGUUUUCAAGCUUUUCGAUUACUACUCAGCAAGUGGAAUGUGUCUUUUAUAUUUGGUGUUUUUUGAGACGAUCUCCAUAUCUUGGUUCUAUGGCGCUGAGCGAUUCUAUCAGAACAUAGAGGAGAUGAUUGGCUAUCGACCGUGUCCAUGGUGGAAAUGGUGUUGGAUGUUUUUCACUCCACUUAUAUGUCUGGGGGUGUUCACAUUCAGUGCGAUAGAGAUGACUCCUUUAACCUUGGGGAAGUAUGUGUACCCAGCGUGGGGGCAAAUCAUUGGCUGGUUCAUGGCACUGUCCUCCAUGAUUCUGGUCCCGGGCUAUAUCAUUUAUAUGUUUCUGACCACUAAGGGGACGAUACGACAGCGCUGGCACAAGAUGACCACUAGGAAAGAUGAAAACAUGACCGAAGCUGAUAAUGGUCUUACAAGGCGACCUUCACAAUUGGGAAGUAUGGGAGAGGCGUCUGUGUAAUCAUUUGUUGAAUAAUUGUGUGUUUUGUCAUUGUCAAAACUCUGGCAGUAACCUGCUUGGUAAUGCAUGUGUACAGAUUUGAAAAUACUCUAUAAUGUAACUUAAGCCUAUUGCCAGCAUGCUGUUGUUUCUUUCAGGUCCAGAUUGUAUGCAUUUUCAGAGAAUGCUUGUGUAAGCUAUUGUCAUUUUGAAUAAAAUAAAUCAGGGUACUUAAAAAAGUGGUCACACAAGAUAUGACGGAUAAAUACUGCUCUUUGUUGGACUUUUAUAUUGCUGUUUUUGUUUUAUACCAGUAGUUUUAUUCUGUUAGAGGUUUGUUUCAGAAUGUUAUUAACACAAUUAAAUGUUUGAAA